CAAACACUUGCAACCCCCAAGCAUUUCCGUUUCUUGCUCUCCUCCGUCCGUCGAGCCAAUCAGGCAAGCGAGAGCAAACGCAAUGGGCAAAGAGGCCGACGUCGAGGCCGGCGGCGUCCGGGACUACGAGGACCCGCCGCCGGCGCCUCUCGUCGACAUCGACGAGCUCGGGAGGUGGUCGCUGUACCGCGCCGUCAUCGCCGAGUUCGUGGCCACGCUGCUGUUCCUGUACGUCACGGUGGCCACGGUGAUCGGGUACAAGCACCAGACGGACGCGUCGGCGUCCGGCGACGACGCGGCGUGCGGCGGCGUGGGCGUCCUCGGCAUCGCGUGGGCGUUCGGCGGCAUGAUCUUCAUCCUGGUGUACUGCACCGCCGGCAUCUCCGGCGGGCACAUCAACCCGGCGGUGACGUUCGGCCUCUUCCUGGCGCGCAAGGUGUCCCUGGUCCGCGCCAUCCUCUACAUCGUGGCGCAGUGCCUCGGCGCCGUCUGCGGCGUCGCGCUCGUCAAGGGGUUCCAGAGCUCGUUCUACGACAGGUACGGCGGCGGCGCCAACGAGCUCGCCGCCGGCUACUCCAAGGGCACCGGCCUCGCCGCCGAGAUCAUCGGCACCUUCGUGCUCGUGUACACCGUCUUCUCCGCCACCGACCCCAAGCGCAACGCCCGCGACUCCCAUGUCCCGGUGUUGGCGCCGCUGCCGAUCGGGUUCGCCGUGUUCAUGGUGCACCUGGCGACCAUCCCCGUCACCGGCACCGGCAUCAACCCGGCGAGGAGCCUCGGCGCCGCCGUCGUCUACAACAACAGCAAGGCAUGGAGUGAUCAGUGGAUCUUCUGGGUUGGGCCGUUCAUCGGGGCGGCGAUCGCAGCGCUGUACCACCAGAUCGUCCUUCGUGCCAGCGCCAGGGGGUACGGCUCCUUCCGGAGCAAUGCUUAAGCCGCAAUCAAAUGUGCUCUUUCUCCUUUCAGAGUUUAAGGUGAAUGGGAAGAACAGAGCACAGGGUGAUCAGUAGUAGAAGCGGCUUCAAUUAAGAAGAGUGAAGCCUGCACCCUCAAGUGUUUUGUGUGUGCGCUAUCAAAAGCAAGUGUGACAUUGUUCGAUCGAAUAAAUUAUGAUAUAUAUGAAUGAAUGCAAGAUAUGAGGAGAAAUUGUGUCGCUUCUUCUAUUGAUUCUCUUAACAAAA